CCUUCCUCGGUCUCCCCUUUCAGUUCAGAUGUGCUGAUGUGCAGACCGGAUUCAUCUUCCCGGAGCGGCGGCGGCGGGCGCAGGAGGCGGUAGCUCGCGCUCGGCCGCCGGGUCCUGGCAGCGGCGGGGGCGCGGCGCGGGAGCCGGAGCUCCGUUUGCAGCUGAGCCCGUGGGGCGCUGGUCGCCCAGCCGCGGCUGUGGGAAGUUCGGCCGCCAGAAAGACGACCUGGCAGGCUGCGAGCACCCACCCGCGAGAGCCGAGUUUGCCCGCAGCUGCUCCUCCCCAUCUCGGGAGACGAGCUCCUUACCUGCCCUCCGCCCACCCGCGGGUCCCUCGCCAACUUCUCUCUGCAACUGGGGGUAACAGGCAGUUCUUGCCCCCGCUCCUGUCCCAACGGCAGCCGCAUGUCUCCGGACACCUGAACACCCGGGUCCUGCCGAGGAGCCUCCCCGCGGGGAGAGGAACACCGGUCCUCCUCGCCCCGCACAUCAGCGUGGACCGAGGACGCCUCACCUCCCGGUCCGGUCCCCUCCUUUUCCUCCAGGGGAGGAGGAUGGGGUUGGAAACGCUUUCCCCGAGGAUGCUCUUGUGGCUGGUGGCCUUGGGGAUUAUUUUAUACGGGGAACUGUGGGUCUGCGCUGGCCUCGAUUAUGAUUACACUUUUGAGGGAAACGAAGAGGAUAAAGCGGAGAUGAUAGAUUACAAGGACCCGUGUAAAGCCGCUGUGUUUUGGGGUGAUAUUGCCUUAGAUGAUGAAGACUUAAAUAUCUUUCAAAUUGAUAGGACAAUUGACCUUACACAGAACCCCUUUGGAAAACUUGGACAUACCACAGGUGGAUAUGGAGACCAUGGUAUGUCAAAGAAACGAGGGGCCCUCUAUCAACUUAUAGACAGGAUAAGAAGAAUUGGCUCUGGUAUAUCAAUGUUUAAAGUUGCAGACGCUUGACUUGAUGCUUAGAGCAAAACAACACAGUUAAGGAAAAAGUACCUCUAAAAUUCUCCAGGCAGAAUGAGAAAAAUCGAGUUCCCCGAGCAGCUACAUCAAGAACUGACAGAAUAUGGCCCGGAGGCGUUAUUCCUUAUGUUAUAGGAGGCAACUUCACUGGCAGCCAGCGAGCCAUGUUCAAGCAAGCCAUGAGACACUGGGAAAAACACACAUGCGUGACUUUCAUCGAAAAAAGUGAUGAAGAGAGUUACAUCGUGUUCACGUACAGGCCUUGUGGAUGCUGCUCCUAUGUAGGCCGGCGGGGUAAUGGACCUCAGGCAAUCUCUAUUGGCAAGAACUGUGAUAAAUUUGGAAUUGUUGUCCAUGAAUUAGGCCAUGUGAUAGGCUUUUGGCAUGAACACACGCGACCAGAUCGAGAUAACCACGUAACCAUCAUAAGAGAAAACAUCCAGCCAGGUCAAGAGUACAAUUUUCUGAAGAUGGAGCCUGGAGAAGUAAACUCACUGGGAGAAAGAUAUGAUUUUGACAGCAUCAUGCACUAUGCCAGGAACACCUUCUCAAGGGGGAUGUUUCUGGACACUAUUCUCCCUUCUCGUGAUGAUAAUGGCAUACGUCCCGCAAUUGGUCAGCGAACCCGUUUAAGCAAAGGAGAUAUUGCACAGGCAAGAAAGCUGUAUAGAUGUCCAGCAUGUGGAGAAACCCUACAAGAGUCCAAUGGCAACCUUUCCUCUCCAGGAUUUCCAAAUGGCUACCCUUCCUAUACACACUGCAUCUGGAGAGUUUCUGUGACCCCAGGGGAGAAGAUUGUUUUAAACUUUACCACGAUGGACUUAUACAAAAGUAGUUUGUGCUGGUAUGACUACAUUGAAGUAAGAGACGGGUACUGGCGGAAAUCCGCGCUCCUUGGUAGAUUCUGUGGGGACAAAUUGCCCGAAGUCCUUACCUCUACAGACAGCAGAAUGUGGAUCGAGUUUCGUAGCAGCAGUAACUGGGUGGGAAAAGGCUUUGCAGCCCUCUAUGAAGCGAUCUGUGGAGGUGAGAUACGUAAAAAUGAAGGACAGAUUCAGUCUCCUAAUUACCCCGAUGACUACAGGCCGAUGAAAGAAUGUGUGUGGAAAAUAACAGUGUCAGAAGACUACUAUGUGGGAUUGACCUUUCAGGCCUUUGAGAUUGAAAGACAUGACAACUGUGCCUAUGACUACCUGGAAGUUCGAGAUGGGACCAAUGAAAACAGCCCUUUGAUAGGGCGAUUCUGUGGUUAUGAUAAACCUGAGGAUAUUAAAUCUACCUCCAACACCUUGUGGAUGAAGUUUGUCUCUGAUGGGACUGUGAACAAGGCAGGGUUUGCUGCCAACUUUUUUAAAGAGGAGGACGAGUGUGCCAAGCCGGACCGCGGAGGCUGUGAGCAGCGCUGCCUGAACACGCUGGGCAGUUACCAGUGUGCGUGUGAGCCCGGCUACGAGCUGGGGCCCGACAAAAGGAGCUGCGAAGCUGCUUGUGGUGGAUUUCUUACCAAACUUAAUGGCACCAUAACGACACCAGGCUGGCCCAAGGAGUACCCUCCCAAUAAAAACUGCGUGUGGCAAGUGGUCGCACCAACCCAGUACCGAAUUUCUGUGAAGUUUGAGUUUUUUGAAUUGGAGGGCAAUGAAGUUUGCAAGUACGAUUACGUGGAGAUUUGGAGUGGCCUCUCCUCUGAGUCUAAACUGCAUGGCAAGUUUUGCGGUGCGGAAGUGCCUGACGUGAUCACAUCCCAGUUCAACAACAUGAGGAUCGAAUUCAAAUCUGACAAUACUGUGUCCAAGAAGGGCUUCAAAGCACACUUUUUCUCAGACAAAGACGAAUGCUCGAAGGACAACGGCGGGUGUCAACACGAGUGCGUCAACACGAUGGGAAGCUACGUGUGUCAGUGCCGCAACGGGUUUGUGCUGCACGAGAACAAACACGGCUGCAAGGAAGCUGAAUGUGAACAGAAGAUCCACAGUCCAAGUGGCUUCAUCACCAGCCCCAACUGGCCAGACAAGUACCCAAGCAGGAAGGAAUGCACAUGGGAAAUCAGUGCCACUCCGGGCCAUCGAGUCAAAUUAGCUUUUAGUGAGUUUGAGAUAGAGCAGCAUCAAGAAUGUGCUUAUGAUCACUUGGAAGUAUUUGAUGGAGAAACGGAAAAAUCACCAAUCCUUGGACGACUCUGUGGCAACAAGAUCCCAGAGCCCCUAGUGGCUACUGGAAAUAAAAUGUUUGUUCGGUUUGUUUCUGAUGCAUCUGUUCAAAGAAAAGGAUUUCAAGCCACACAUUCUACAGAGUGCGGUGGCCGACUGAAAGCAGAGUGGAAGCCCCGAGACCUGUACUCACACGCUCAGUUCGGGGACAACAACUACCCAGCACAGGUCGACUGCGAAUGGCUGUUAGUGUCAGAACGGGGCUCUCGGCUCGAGUUAUCCUUCCCGAUGUUUGAGGUGGAAGAGGAGGCGGACUGUGGCUAUGACUACGUUGAGCUCUUCGGGGGUCUCGACUCAACAGCAGUGGGGCUUGGUCGAUUCUGUGGAUCAGGGCCACCAGAAGAGAUCUAUUCAAUUACGGAUGCAGUUUUGAUUCAUUUUCACACCGAUGACACAAUCAACAAGAAAGGAUUCCAUAUAAGAUACAAAAGCAUUAGAUAUCCAGAUACCACGCAUACCAAAUAAUAACUAAUACCAAAAGCUCCUUCAGAAAAUGAUAUCCGUAAUGGAGAGAAGACAUAGUGGGUUUUUUUUUUUAAAUGAAGAUAUUAGCUCAACUAUUUUAUAUAAUGAAUUUGAACAGAAGAAAACUGCAUCACCAGAAUUAUCUCUGCACGGAAAGAGACAUUUCCAGCGAACCCUGAUCAGCAUCACCGGGAUUGAGCUCCAUGCUUGACGGUAUAAAUACAGCUGGUGGAAGGGCAUCCCGUGCUUCAAGGACAAAUCCACAUGCUUUUGUUCAUGGCUUGACACAGACGCCUCCCAAUUCAAUUAAGUUCAGGGUCUGUGGCCCUGCAGAGUGUGCUUUUUGACAAUUUUGCAAGAUUUGGGAGAAAUGAAACAAUCUUGCAGGUCAUAAACUGGAACACCCUCUCCUUGUUUCUUAGGAUAAUUGCUUUGGCUUUGUAUCUUGGACACAGUGCAAACCAGAUCCAUGUAAGAUGUUGUGAAAUGGGAGUCUUUAGAGAAUGAUUUGGACUUUAUGUGUAGGUGUGUCCAGUGUUUGGAAACUGGAAUAUUUCAGCUUCAUUAUUUUCACUUGCAGGCCAGAUUAACCUCUUUGAAACACAGAUCAUCCUGAGACCACUUUAUUUUACUGAUAUUUUGACAAGUUGGAAAUGUCAGUAGUUUCUGUCAUUGCGAUUAAACUCUAGACGUCAUUUAUUUAAGUGCUGGAAAGUGCCCAGUUGGUCGGUAGACUCAGUUCUUUCAUCGAAAGUGCUGCCUUUUCACACCAAAUCCAAGACGCCUUGUGAUCUUAUGUACUUCACGAGAAAACUCCUAACAAGUGUGAACAGGAUUCUUCGAAAUGACUGUCUGGAUAGUUCAUACUCAAGUUACCACUGCUGCUAUUGUCUUUCUUUUGUUGUUGAUCUGUUGUAGUUGUUAUUGUUGAUGUUGUCAUGGUUAAUGUAUUUAAAAAAAUGAAAUGAAGCAGAAGUAGGCCUUGUAAGAAUUGAAAGAUCCCUCUCUCUCUCUUUUUUUCUUCCUGGGAUUCACUUAAAAAAAAAAAUACAAUGUUGGAAAAAGGAUUUGUUUCUGAAAGACCUUCUAUGGUGCUAUUCCAUAAACAUUUUUUUUAAACAAAGUUUUUUACCUUUGAGCCAACC